GGCGAUUGGUAGAGAGGGCCGUGACGUCGCUUACACUUCUGGAAGCUUCUGAGGCGCUAUAUAAGGGCGCCGGCUCUCUUGCUCCACCUCAUUCCACAAGCACGCAGCUCGGAGACGGCGAGCAGCUCAACGCUGAAAGAACCGCAACAGCAGUGCAGAAAUCAUGUCUAAGGGACCAGCAGUCGGCAUCGAUCUUGGCACCACCUACUCCUGUGUGGGUGUCUUCCAGCAUGGCAAGGUGGAAAUCAUUGCCAAUGACCAGGGCAACAGAACCACACCCAGUUACGUCGCCUUCACCGACACCGAGCGGUUGAUCGGCGAUGCUGCCAAAAAUCAGGUUGCCAUGAACCCAACCAAUACAGUUUUUGAUGCCAAGCGUUUGAUUGGCCGCAGAUUUGAGGAUGCUGUUGUACAGUCUGACAUGAAGCACUGGCCCUUCAAUGUUAUCAGUGACAGCGGCAGACCCAAGGUGGAGGUAGAAUACAAAGGAGAGAACAAGUCAUUCUAUCCAGAAGAAAUCUCCUCUAUGGUCCUUGUUAAGAUGAAGGAGAUUGCAGAAGCUUAUCUCGGCAAGACCGUGAACAAUGCUGUGAUCACUGUCCCAGCUUACUUCAAUGAUUCCCAGCGCCAGGCUACCAAGGAUGCUGGCACAAUUUCCGGGCUCAACGUCCUGCGUAUCAUCAAUGAGCCUACUGCUGCAGCCAUUGCCUAUGGACUGGACAAAAAGGUUGGAGCAGAAAGGAAUGUGCUGAUCUUUGAUCUUGGUGGUGGCACUUUUGAUGUGUCCAUCCUGACCAUUGAAGAUGGCAUCUUUGAAGUGAAGUCUACUGCUGGAGACACUCAUUUGGGUGGUGAAGACUUUGAUAACAGAAUGGUGAAUCACUUCGUAGCUGAAUUCAAGAGGAAACACAAGAAAGACAUCAUUGAUAACAAGAGAGCUGUUCGCCGUCUCCGCACUGCCUGCGAGCGUGCAAAGCGCACCCUGUCAUCCAGCACCCAGGCUAGCAUUGAAAUCGACUCCCUGUAUGAAGGAAUCGACUUCUACACCUCAAUCACCAGAGCUCGCUUUGAAGAACUGAACGCCGAUCUCUUCAGAGGAACCCUGGAUCCAGUAGAGAAGGCUCUCCGUGAUGCCAAGCUGGACAAGUCACAAAUCCAUGACAUUGUGCUGGUUGGUGGGUCCACACGUAUCCCCAAGAUUCAGAAGCUGCUCCAGGACUUUUUCAAUGGAAAGGAGCUGAACAAGAGCAUCAACCCAGAUGAAGCCGUCGCCUAUGGUGCUGCUGUGCAGGCUGCCAUUUUGUCUGGAGACAAAUCUGAGAACGUGCAGGACCUCCUUCUUCUUGAUGUCACCCCUCUGUCUCUGGGUAUUGAGACUGCUGGUGGAGUCAUGACUGUCCUGAUCAAGCGUAACACAACUAUUCCCACUAAGCAGACACAGACCUUCACAACCUACUCUGACAACCAGCCUGGUGUCUUGAUUCAGGUAUAUGAAGGUGAGAGAGCCAUGACCAAGGACAACAACCUGCUAGGAAAGUUCGAGCUGACUGGCAUCCCUCCCGCUCCCCGUGGUGUUCCUCAGAUUGAGGUUACAUUCGACAUUGAUGCUAAUGGUAUCCUGAAUGUAUCUGCUGUGGACAAGAGCACUGGAAAGGAAAACAAGAUCACCAUCACAAACGAUAAAGGUCGUCUCAGCAAGGAAGACAUCGAGCGCAUGGUGCAGGAGGCCGAGAAGUACAAGGCUGAAGAUGACAAGCAGAGGGACAAGGUUUCUUCCAAGAACUCUCUGGAGUCUUAUGCCUUCAACAUGAAAGCAACAGUCGAGGAUGAAAAACUCCAAGGAAAGAUCAGUGAUGAGGACAAGCAGAAGAUCCUGGACAAGUGCAAUGAGAUCAUCACUUGGCUGGACAAGAACCAGACUGCAGAGAAGGAAGAGUUUGAGCACCAACAGAAGGAACUAGAGAAGGUCUGCAACCCCAUAAUCACUAAGCUAUACCAGAGCGCCGGUGGCAUGCCAGGAGGUAUGCCUGGUGGCUUCCCAGGUGCAGGCGGUGCUCCCUCCGGCGGUGCGUCAUCUGGACCAACAAUUGAGGAGGUCGAUUAAACGCUGAUUGGACAAUGCAUUCCCCCUGACAACUCCCAGGACACUUGUCUAAAUGGCUGUUCCUAAUUAAUUCCCACUUAAGCUGCUGUAAAGUUUACUUUGGGGGCAUUAAUACUUGAAUUCACUCCAUCAAACAAUGGAACGCCAUUGCACUUUACCUGUACUGUAACAAACUGGUCCAGAGAAAUAAAAUCUAUUUAACUGGC